CUGGGUGGCACGCGUGCCCCUUUGCGCCCCUCGGUGAGGACACCUGACAGUGCCUGGCAGUCCACCUCUGCCCCCGCCUUUAUCGCCGCCCUGUCAGUGUCGCCUCUAAAGAGCCGCUGGGUAAUUAUUGAUAGAUGGCCCUGCGGGGCUAACAUGCGCUUUGAGCAAACAGACGGGAGUUGAGUUCGCCUGGUGAGACGCGCGGAGUGGUGGCACCUCCGACACCUUCAUUCUCGUGGGUACCCCCCACUUCGGACUACCGAGGCUCUGGAGAUGCAGCUUUACUUUCUCGUGUACGUCUGCUGGCUGCAGGUGCCUUCUGCGCUCGGACACCCGGGGGACGGGGAGCGCACCUGGCUGAGAUUUAACCAAAUGCCCAAGCCAGAAGACGAGCUCUUCCUCUAUGACACUUUCCCCCCGGAUUUCAUGUGGGCAGUGGGCACGGCCGCAUAUCAGGUGGAAGGAGCUUUUGAAAAGGACGGCAAGGGGCCUUCGAUCUGGGACAAGUUCACGCACAGAGGCAACGGCACUUCGCCGAACGGGGAUGAGGCCAGUGACAGCUACCAUCAGCUUCAGCGGGACAUCCAUGCACUCUCAACACUGGGCGUCACGCACUACAGAUUCUCUAUUUCGUGGCCCCGUGUGUUCCCUACCGGACGAUCCGACAGUUAUAACCAUGCCGGAGUGACCUACUACCGAGGACUCCUGAACCAGCUGAAAAAGAUCAGAGUGCAGCCUGUGGUCACCCUAUACCACUGGGACCUGCCCGACGCCCUGCAGCGCCAGUAUGGGGGCUGGAGCAACCCCGUCGUCAUCGAGCUGUUCAAGGAGUACGCGGACUUCUGCUUCAGGACCUUCGGGCAAGACGUCAAGUACUGGAUUACCAUCGACAACCCCUUUGUGGUAGCCUGGCACGGGUACGGCACGGGAAUAGUUGCUCCUGGUAUCAGAAGCGAACCCAGCUUACCAUUCAGAGUCGGGCACAAUCUCCUCAAGGCACACGCUGCUGUGUGGCAUCUAUAUAAUGACAAAUAUCGUCAGAAGCAGCAAGGACAGAUUUCCAUUUCUUUGGGCUCACAUGGAAUCAAACCCCUUGACUUGACCAAGGAGAGCAUUAAGGGGUGCCAGUGCUCUCUCAGCUUUGUCUUAGGAUGGUUUGCAAAGCCCCUCUUUAAUGAUGGGGACUACCCCCAGUGUAUGAAGGUGAACCUCUCUUCCAAUCUGCCAUCUUUUACUGAAGAUGAAAAAAAAUAUGUGAACAACACAGUGGAUUUCUUUGCGCUGUCUUUCGGACCCGUGAUAAGCUUCCAGCUAAUAAAUGACAGCCUUAGAUUUGGCCAGUUUGAGACUCUCAACCUGCGGAUUCUGCUAUCUUGGAUUAAAGCUGAAUACAACAAUCCAAGAGUCUUCAUUGUGGAAAAUGGUUGGUUUGCUGAAGGUGGAACAAAAACAGAAGAUGCAAUUAAUAUGUAUUACAUAAAGAGGUUUGUUGCAGAAACUUUAAAAGCCAUCAAGUAUGACAAAGUCAAUGUCAUUGGAUACACUGCCUGGUCACUAAUUGAUGGAUUUGAAUGGUAUCGAGAAUACGACAUACGCCGUGGACUCUUCUAUGUGGAUUUUACAAGUUCAGAUUUGAGAAGGAUUCAGAAAACUUCGGGUCUCUUUUAUCAGAAGCUGAUUGAAAAAAAUGGCUUUCCAGUGCUGCCAGAAAAUGAGCCAAUAACUGGAGUAUUUCCUUGCAAUUUUUCUUGGGGUGUUGCUACCAAUGCUAUAAGGGUUGAUUUUGCCCGUUCUCAAUUUAAUGACCCAAAUGUUUAUAUCUGGGAGAACACCAGCACCAUGCUUCUCAAGAAAGUAGACGGUGUGACAGCCCCAAUGCGCAAGCCGCACUGCAGCGACUAUGAUGCCAUUAAACAGCAGGUUUCCCAAGUGAGGAGGAUGCAUGUCACACAUUUUAAUUUCCUUCUCAACUGGACUGCCCUUGUCCCCAAUGGGAAUCUGUCACAGGCAAAUUCAACUCUCUUCAGGUAUUACCGGUGCUUUAUAAGUGAACUUCUGAGAGCUAAUGUGACUCCCAUAGUGACCCUUUGGCAUUGGACUGACAGUGACCCUGGGUGGCUGGGCAUUAACAACGUGCAGCCAUUUGCAGACUAUGCAAGGCUCUGCUUCCAAAAGCUGGGAGAUCUUGUCAAGUUUUGGAUUACUCUGAAUGAGCCAAACGUGAGGGACAGAUCCUUUGACAUGGGUCACACUCUCUUGAAGGCCCAUGCGUUGGCUUGGCACGUUUAUGACAAGGACUUUCGAGAAGAACAGAAUGGGAAGAUAUCCAUAACACUGCAUGCAAACUGGAUAGAGUCGGCCUACCCCUUCACUAGGAAUGACGGUGAACCUGCCACAAGAGUACUUGAGUUCUUACUUGGUUGGUUUUCAGAGCCCAUUUUUGGCAGUGGUGACUAUCCCACUGUUAUGAGGGAUUGGGUUAAACAGAGAAACCAUCUAGAUCUAUAUAAUCAUCGUUUGCCAUUUUUCACCAAAGAGGAGAAACAACUUGUGCACAAAUCAUUUGACUUUUUUGCACUGAGUCACUACACCACAGCACUGGUCUCUGAGGUGAAAAAUGAGAAAGUCAGGUCCAAUGACAUCACAGAGGUGAUCUAUUUGUCUGAUACUACGUGGCUAAAGUCCCCCAAAAACAUGGCAGUGGUACCAUGGGGGCUCCGAAAGGUCCUUAAUUGGGUGAAAUCCAAAUAUGAAAAUGUACCUGUCUAUAUAAUGGCUAAUGGUAUUGAUGUGGAAAAUGAGAAGAUUGAGGAUAAACUUCGGCUACACUAUCAUCACCAAUAUAUCAAUGAGGCUUUGAAAGCCUAUCUCCUAGAUGGCGUCAAUCUUCAGGGGUACUUCGCGUACGCCUUCAGUGAUCAAGCCGAUCCUGGCUUUGGACUGUACGGCUACAUCCACGAUGAGUACUAUGAAAAAUUAACUUUGGGUUAUUACAGAAGCAUCAUUGAUCAGAAUGGCUUUCCUGCCUCGUCAUUUGUUCAGCAGAAAUGCGCAUCAGAGCAAGAGUCAUGUCGCAUCUGUGCUUUACUUCUGACACACAGAUCUCUUUUGGCAAUGUCACUGGUUGGGGUUGGUUUUACGCUAACUACUACAUUUACUAUUUGCUACCUGAGGAGACUGGCUAGGAGGUACCACCGUGCUUGACGGGAGCUGAAGAUAAAACAAACAUGGGGGUUGAGUGAAUGAGCUCAUCUUUGCCAUGUGACACUACCCUUGCCUUUUAUUUUGCUGUCCUCGGCUACCCAAUUGCAACAUUCCUGCUUUUUUCUGUUUGCACAAUCUAAUCGGUGUAAUUCUGAAAUUCUAUAGCUAUUGUACACUUGUCUCAGGUAUUAACGAUGCAUUUUUCUUUUCUUUUUUUACUAUAAAAAUUUAAAUAUUUAUUUAUGAAGAUCAUAGCUUGUAAAUAAUGACACAAAUUUCUAAGACUUGUGGAAAGUGGUGUAAAACCUAGUGUAGGUGACUUGUUUAAGAAACAUGACAAACUCUGAGCAACGGCCUCAUUAACACGUUCCAGAUGCGUACUUCAUUGGUGCUAGCACUUUCAUGAGAGGGAUCUGAUAUUUGCGUCGUUUCAUGGCGGCUCUAUGGGGCUGUCAACA